AUGUGGCCCAACAUUAGUGCUGCCCCCUUCUUGCUGAGUGGUUUUCCAGGACUGGAGGCAGCUCAUCACUGGAUCUCCAUCCCCUUCUCUGUGGUCUAUAUUUCUGUCCUUCUUGGCAAUGGCACUCUCCUCUACCUCAUCAAAGAUGACCAUCAUCUCCAUGAACCCAUGUACUAUUUCCUGGCUAUGUUGGCGGGCACAGAUCUGGUGGUGACACUGACCACGAUGCCUACUGUAAUGGGUGUCUUAUGGGUGAAUCUCAGGGAGAUAAGCCAUGGGGGCUGCUUCUUGCAAGCCUAUUUUAUCCACUCCCUUUCUAUUGUUGAAUCAGGUAUUCUGCUUGCAAUGGCCUAUGACCGUUUCAUUGCCAUCCGUAAUCCUUUGCGAUACACUUCCAUUCUUACCAAUUCUAGAGUGGUAAAAUUAGGGGUGGGAGUUUUUAUGAGAGGUUUUAUAUCCAUAAUGCCUGUAAUCUUGCGUCUUUUUACAUUUCCAUAUUGUCACUCUCAUGUUCUCGCCCAUGCUGUCUGCCUUCACCAAGAGGUCAUGAAACUAGCUUGUGCUGACAUAACUUUCAAUAAACUGUAUCCUGUAAUCCUGAUUGGUUUAACAGUUUUCUUGGACUCUCUGAUCAUCUUCUUCUCUUAUAUACUAAUUCUUAAGACAGUCAUGGGCAUUGCUGCUGGUGAAGAGAGAGCUAAGGCUCUCAAUACCUGUCUCUCCCACAUUGGUUGUGUUCUCAUCUUCUAUGUGACAGUGAUUGGUCUAUCGUUCAUCCAUAGAUUUGGAAAGCACGUGCCAGAGGUGGUCCACGUUAUCCUGAGCUAUGUCUAUUUUCUCUUUCCACCUUUAAUGAAUCCUAUUAUCUACAGCAUCAAGACUAAACAAAUUCAAUAUGGCAUUGUCCGUCUUUUAUGUAAACACAGAAGUGGAAGUUAA